AUGAGUAAACUUGAGAAACUCGAGUUGACCGAGGAGAGGUUGGCACUGCAUAAUAAGCUCUAUAAACCGAGUCCGGAAACCCACUCGAGACAUGCGAGCCAGCUGGUUGAAAUGGAGAGAAUACAGAUGAGCUGCUUAAAAUCGGCCAUUGAUUUGUUUAAAGAGGAUCGAUUGUCAACAUCCUCUCUACCAAUUGAACUGGAAUUUUCUCGGACCGCGGAAUCACUCACCAGCCUUUUUGAAAAGGAGAGCGAACCACUCAACAAGAGCCCCCUCGAGCAUCCAUUAGAACGGUACUUGACGCCGGGUGAUCUAAGUGAACCCAGCUACUUUGCGAUACAGGCAUUAAAGGAGUAUGGAUUUGAAUAUGGGUCACACGCCUCGGUUGAUGCCAGGAAGAGACUGGGGCGCCUCAACUAUGAGUCGGCAAUGUUGAAUGCCAGAGCAGCGCAGACGCAGGGUCAAGCAGUCCAUUACGAAGAGGUAACGAUUGCGCCGAAGUACAACUGA